UUUUUGUGUUGAAAAUUAUUUUAUUAAUUUUAGUCACUCAUAAGUCAGAACCAGUUCUCUUUACUGUCUCUGUUUUCCCUUGAGUCAAAUUAAAAAUUUUCCUCAUGACCACUUGGUAAAUAUAUAUGUUUGUGUGUGUUUUGCAGGGACCAUUGACAUUUAUGGAUGUGGCCAUAGAAUUCUCUCUGGAGGAGUGGCAAUGCCUGGACACAGCACAGCAGAAUUUAUAUAGGAAUGUGAUGUUAGAGAACUACAGAAACCUGGUCUUUCUGGCCAGACCUGAUCGCCUGUCUGGAGCAAGAAAAAAAGCCCUGGAAUAUAAAGAGAAAUGAGAUGGUGGCCAAACCCCCAGGUAGGUGAGAGUGAAUCAACAGGCAACCUGGAUGAGAGAUCCAAAGUCAAAGAGAAAGCCAGUGAUUUGGGAAGCCACGUUCAAAGAAAUAGUUUCUGGAAAGCCUUUUUAAAAAAAUGUUUUAAAUUUUACUCUCACAGAGGGGCAUCUUCUGUCUUAUGCUUUUAAAAUUUCUAAGAAUUCUACUUUCCCUUCAGUAAUCUUCCUUCAAGUUUACAGUGACAGCCAAAGUACUGUCCACGUCAUGUAAGAGAGUGUAUAAUCUGACUUUAUUUUGUGUGUAUGGACACACAGAUAUCUUCAUAAUUUUCUGAUAGUUCAUGUUAAACCAUCUUUUAAGUUCUCUUUUUCCAUCAUCCCUGAAAUGUG